AUGGCUGCCCUCAGACCCUUGCUGAAACCUAAAGUUGUAAAAAAGAAGACCAAGAAGUUCAUCCAGCACCAAUCCGGCCUCUAUGUCAAAAUUAAGCACAACUGGCACAAGCCCAGAAGCACUGACAACAGGGUGCGGAGAAGAUUCAAGGGCCAGAUCUUGAUGCCCAACAUUGGUUAUGGGAGCAACAAGAAAAUCAAGCACAUGCUGCCCAGUGGCUUCUGCAAGUUCCUGGUCCACAACAUCAAGGAGCUGGAAGUGCUGCUGAUGUGCAACAAGUCUUACUGUGCAGAGAUUGCUCACAUUUACUCCAAGAAUUGCAAAGCCAUUGUAGAAAGAGCAGCCCAGCUGGCCAUCAGAGUCACCAAUCCCAACGCCAGGCUGCGCAGUGAACAAAAUGAGUAG